UUGCACAUCCAAUAUGGCGGCGGCGUUGACGUACGGCCCAGUGCUCGAUGCGGCGCCUACGUAUAUAUGUAUGUGAGCGUUCCUCGCUGAACGCUCCCCUAAUCACAUGACCCGUUGUUCACAUGACGUUUUUUGAGUCGCCUGAUUUACUGAGAAAACUUAGUUCGUCGAGAACGCUGUUUCGUCAGCUGAAGACCCGUUACUUGUUGAGCAGAACUCAUAGAGUGCGCAGAAAAUAUCUUCAGAUUUUUAAAGUAGCAACAAUGAGGCUGGUGAUUUUGGAUGAUUAUGAGCUGGCCAGCGAAUGGGCAGCCAAAUAUAUUCGCAACAAGAUCAUACAGUUUAAGCCGUCUGCCGACAGAUUCUUCACCCUCGGUUUACCUACAGGGAGCACUCCAUAUGGCUGUUACCAGAAGUUAAUUGAAUACUACAGAUGUGGGCACCUGUCAUUUAAGUAUGUGAAAACCUUCAACAUGGAUGAAUAUGUUGGUCUCCCUCGUGCCCACCCUGAGAGCUACCACUCGUAUAUGUGGAACAACUUUUUCAAGCACAUUGAUAUUGAUCCUGCCAAUGCUCACAUCCUGAAUGGAAAUGCAGAGGACCUGGAAGCAGAGUGUCAGGCCUACGAGCAGAAGAUUGCAGAGGCUGGAGGAAUCCAGUUGUUUGUUGGGGGUAUUGGACCUGAUGGCCACAUAGCAUUUAAUGAGCCAGGAUCCAGCCUUGCCUCAAGAACCAGAGUGAAGACGCUGGCCAAAGACACCAUUGUGGCAAAUGCUCGGUUCUUCGGCAAUGACCUGGCCAAGGUUCCUACCAUGGCUUUGACUGUUGGAGUUGGGACUGUCAUGGACGCCAAGGAGGUGAUGAUUUUAAUCACCGGCGCACACAAGGCCUUUGCUCUGUAUAAAGCCAUCGAAGAAGGUGUAAACCACAUGUGGACAGUAUCGGCGUUCCAGCAGCAUCCGCACACCACCUUUAUAUGUGACGAGGAUGCCACGCUGGAGCUACGCGUCAAAACCGUGAAAUACUUCCAAGGUUUGAUGCAUGUCCACAAUAAACUUGUGGAACCAGUGCUCAGCAUAGAGGACCAGUGAUCCUGAAGGAUGGCACUCUGUUACAUAUUGGUUACAGUUCAGUCCGUGUCACACACCUCACACACACAAACGUCAUUGCCGUUUAAAAGGGAAGAAAGGGUACCCCAACUGACUUUGUGCGAAAGGCAGACUACACCCUGGACUGACUUAAUUUUGUAUUUUUUGUGUCACCAUGUGCAGCACAAGUACCUGUCCCUUUCGGAAAGUACUCCUAAUCUCAGCUCAUUAUGUGGAUAAAAGACACCUGUGACAGAAAGAGCCUCUUCCAUUUAACCUCUCCACCACCACGGGCAAGGCCAUGGGUGUCCAAAGUGCAGCCAGGGGGCCAUUUGUAGCCCGCAGCUAUUUCGCUUUUUAUUUUGUUCAUUUUAAAAAUGUUAUUUAACAAGAAAACUUUAAAAAAAAACCACAAAAAUAACAUAAAAAAUGGAGUAAUCAGCAGUAAUUUUACAAAAAUAAAGUAAAAAUGUUUGGAGAAAUACAUAUGAAAAUACAGUAAUAUAACAGGAGGAAAAAUAAUGUCAUUUUAGUAGCAUAAAGUUGAAAUGGUAAAGAUUUUUUCCCCCAAAGUUUUAAUAUGAAGAAAAAAACAAAACAAAAUAAAAUUGUGAUUUUUGGAAAAUUAGGUUGGGGGGGGAAGUUAUAAUGAAUAUGGUCAAAAUUAGGAGAAUAACGUCAUAAUAUCGCAAGAAGAAAAUUUACAAUAAAGUUGAAAUACAGUCGUCCCUCGCUACAUUGCAGUUUUCAGAAAUGAAUUAAUAAAUGAUUGCUUGCCGAUUAUUCGCGGAAAAACAUUGAAAGACAAGUCAUAUGUUGUAUUCUGGUCACUGCAGUAGACUGUAGAUAGUUCACAGCAGAUAGUAAACGGUAGUGUAAACCAAACUAGCAGUAUUGUCGGAUUGUACGUCUGCGUAUCAGGUAUCAAAUGACAAAAUGUCAAAGUGAGGAUGGAGGAUAGGCUGAUGGCGAUCUUUUUUUGUGAUGCCAUGCGAUCCACCCACAUUACGUGGGAGAUACUACUACAACAACAAGGAACUUUCCCAAUGCUAACGGUGAGGUAUGUCUUAUUAUUGUUUAUUAAGUCUACUAUGUUAGGUAAUACGAGUAUAAAGACGACUAUAGGGGUGUUAUUUCAUGCCUACAGGGCUCUGAUGCUUUUAGAAGGUCAUAAACAGGUUUUCUAUGCUCUAACUACAAAAAUACUCCAUUUAUUAAUAUUGAAUCCUACUUUGCAGAAAUGCACCUCUCACGGUUGGAGCUGGAACCAAUAAACAAGGGACGGCUGUAGACGGAAAAUUAAAAAACUGGAGAAUUUUACGAGAAUAAAGUCGUAAUGAGAAAAAAAAAUCCCAAUUCUACAAGAAUAAACUUGUAAUCUUGUGAAGAAAAGUCAUGUCAUUUCAGUAGCAUAGAGCUGAAAUAUUAAAAGCAAAAAUAUGCUAUUUUUUGACGUCAUAAUAUUAUGGGAAACAAACACAAUAAAGUUGUAAUUUUUGGAAAAUUUUAUUGGGGGUAAAGUCAAAAUAUUAUGGCAAUGAAGUCAUAAUAUUACGAGAAGAAAAUUAAGAAUAUAUUUUUUUUUAAAAGUUGAAAUAUUUUGAAAAUGUAAAAAAAUACAGCAAAAAUGGGGGAAAAAGGGGUGAAGACCAAAGUUCAUCCUACCAAUAUGCUUUUUCCUUGACAUCACAAAGCUGAGAUGCAGUUUUUUCCAAGUGGCCCUUGCAUCCCCCUCGGGUGGGGGAAAAGUUAGGACACCCCUGUAAUGGAUUUGUAGAUCCUGCUCUUGUGGUUACGGUGCUCCUCAGAGGCUUUUGUCGUCUGUCUAGUGCUAUAUUAGUGUGCAUACAUUUAAUAACCUGAAAUGUGCCUUUCUUUUUUUAAAUCUUGUGUCACUACUUCUUACUGUUACGCCUAGCAAUGCUUUGGACAUCUAGUAUAUUUGUUACCUUUUUGUAUGACUCAUAAAUCAUCAUAAUAAGCUCCAUUGCUUCAUUUAUAUUGCGACACUGAGUCCAGGAACCAUGCUUCGAUAUAAUGCGGCCCUGUUGUAUACAUAUUACGCAUACAUAAUAUUAAGAGGUGGUCAGCAAAUUUAGCGAGGGAUCCCAAAGAAAGUAAAUACAAGACCAGUAUUACUGAUGCUAAUACAUUUUAUGUUUUACUUCC